AUCGAUAGUGAGCAAAUCUUCUCACGCAAAAAGGGAGGAGCUGCUCACUGUUGACUGCUGUACACUGCUUGGUCGCGGUUCCGUGGUAUUUGCAUGGUGUUUUGUUGUGCAGUCUUUAUUAUAGUUAAUUUUGUCACCUUUUUUGCAUCAAAUUUCGUUUCACUAUCAUCCUAGUGCCUUCUGCUGCGAUGUCGUCGACGGUGGAAAAGAAUGAAUACCCGAAAGCAUCUAAUGCUUUGGUGAUUGGUGCGGUGUUGUCAUACGUCGCGGCCGUAUUUCUGUUGAUGAGCUUUUGCUCCCCGUACUGGAUCGUGUCGUAUCCGGAAUCUUUCAGCAGCUUCAAAAAUAUGGGCCUGUGGGAGUACUGUUUCCGUGAUUUCACCUAUCCGUACUACCAGUUUCCCAAACAGUUCAACGGGUGCCAUCACAUCUUCAGCGAGGAGUACUACGUCAUCAGGGAAUACCUGCUGCCGGGAUGGUUGAUGGUGGUGCAGGGAUUCGUAACGAUUUCCUUUCUGUUUACGUUCGGUUCGCUCAUCAUUAUGGCCUGCGAGAUUGUCAGGUGGCCGCUUAAGUUUGUACUGCGCUACGAAUGGUUGCUAAGCAGCAUUUCAUUUGCCGGAAUAGCAUCUUCCUCAUUCUUUAUGUUCUUAGCCGUGGCCAUUUUCGGUGGAAACGCUUACCGGCGCGAUUGGUUGAUGUACCCCAAGUUUAAUGUCCUGUCGUGGUCGUACGAACUGGCCGUAGUAUCGUUUAUGAUUCUCGGGCUCGCUGCACUGCUACUGUACAAGGAAUCACGCAAGUCAUACGAAAUGCGACGUGAGGCGAAGAAUUUGGUCAUGCAGAUGCAGAUGCACGAACCGGGAUACCAUCCAUCGCACCACACUAGCCGAAGUCUGCACAGUGGUGGCUAUAUCUAAGUGAGCUAGCGAAAGGUUCCUGCAGCUCGAACGCUACCCAUCCCAUUCAUAUCCAAUAUGUAUGCUACCUCUCUGGUAACCGCACAGCAAAAGGGACUAUACCCUUCACCGUCAUAUCAACGUUCGUACAGUGUAUGUCUUUAAAUGUGGAAGCGUACGCAGAGCAGAACGUGACACUUCCGUAUGCACACAUGUAUUUUACCAAUCGUAUUCAACGUAGUAAUCUCACCUCCCUUAACAAGUGCCCGAAUAAUUGGAAUACUUCAAAGCAUCAUCGAACACGCGUGGCCUUAAAAUAAUUGUCUUUUUUCGUAGCAUAACUGAAAGGCACUGCCAUUGAACAAGUGCCUGGAGCAAUGCAACGCGGAAGCAAAAAAUGCGCACCCUCUUAUAGCUGUAAUCGUAACUAUUUGUAUGCUUUUAUGCGUAGCUAUUCGGUACAUCCGUCCGUCCGCAGAUCUAUCUGUACGUAGCGUUUAGGAAUUUUGAAUUACUCUUAACUCGUUUAUUAACAUUUUCCGUCCCAAAUCAUAAAGACUCGUAAGUAAGAUGUGUUUACCACACGAGAUGGGCACAACUCUAAGCGAAUAUGCCCUUGUAUUUGUUAUAUUUUAACAAACACAUCUUUGGUCCAGCGAAAGCAAACAUUCUCAAGUAUACAUACUUUUUGACGUCCAUAUUUAAUUGUAUAAUUCUGUAAUUCUUUAAGAUUAGCAAGACAAAAACAAUUCGCCCACAUUCCAUCCUCAGUUGGCAGCGUAUGAACAUUUCUGCCACGGCAUGUUUAGUUUGAGAUUUUUGUUCGCACGUAGAGUGCACUAAAUGCUCGAUGUAAAACUAAACAGCAUAUCAAAGGACCGGACCGGUAGAGCAGGGUAGUAGUGAUUGUUGUAAUCGAAAUAAAACUUUGAUAAAUAAAUGUAAA